AUGAAUAAUGUUAUAAAGUUAAACUCUAUAUUUACUGAAUUAUCGAAGAAAAAAAAGCCUAAAUUAAUAGUUAGAGGUAUUGGUUGUGGUAAAGGUAAAACAUCUGGUAGGGGACAUAAAGGGCAGAAGGCU